CUAAUUACCUUGAAAUAUAUAUCCAUAAUACCCUGAACCCAAGCGAAAAGGCCAAGGCCCAAACAGGAGUGCAAGCAAGCUUACGUCUGCCCCCAACAACAUGCGGUCUUCUGUAUCAUUGCGUUCACGCACAUGUAAUAGAACGUGCGUUUCAUCUUCUCUGGGUGGUGUCGGCACCCUCGUAUUAUGCGGCCGGCACCGCCAGGGCGCCGCCCCUGCUCCAGCACUUACUGCAGCCCAUGCCCCCUCGACAUCAACGUCGGGGCGGGGUAGCAUCCCAGUGUUACGCGACCACCGCGCCAGCGGAUCCAGAGCGGUAGUCACAUGGGCGUCUGGUGACUGGAUGGGUUCCCGUGAGGGCGGCGGCCGCGGCCGUGGCGGAGCUGGCAGGGGAACUGCCGGCGGCAGCGGCCGCAGCGGUGGUAGUACCGGCCGGGCUGCGGAUCGCGACCUCAAUCGCCAACUGCAAACCGUCACCAGCAGCCAGCAGCUGGCUGACCUGCUGUGGCCUGAAUCAUCAGCGCCGUCGGCGGGGACUGCCGCUCCCGGGCGCCUGUCGCCCAUCAAUAUUGCCACCGCGUGGGUGAAGCUAGCUCAUCUGGGUCAGUCGGGCUCUGGCAGCAGCAGCGGUGGUGGAGGCCGCGGCGGUGGCGGCCGCGGAGGUGGUGGAGGCCGUGGUGUUGAGCGGGGAGAGGAACGGACUGAGGAGGAGGUGGCGCGGUCAACGGCGGUCCAGCUGCUGUUGCGCGACACAGCGGCGGCGUCGGAGGCGGCGGCGGCGGCGGCGGCGGCGGCGGCGGGGCCCAGCAUGGACCUGCGCCAGGUGGCCAACACGUUGUGGGGCAUGGCCAAGGUUAAGGAUGAGCUACCAUCACCCAGUCCCGGCGCGAAGGCCGGCACCGCGGCUGCAGAGCCCAUCCGCCAGCUGCGCGACGCCCUGCAGCGGCUGCAGCAGCGCGCGCUGGACCUGCUACAGCCGAUGGCCGCUGCAGCCGCCGCAGCCGCCGCUGCCGCACCCAGCCACAGCAGCAGUAGCCAGGCCGCGGCGGUGCUGGACCUGCGCGACGCGGCGCAGCUCUGGUACGCGCUGGGCGGGCUGCGGCACCCCUGGAGCGGCGCCCUCACGGAGGCGCUGGCGGGCGCCACAGUGGCGGCGCUGGAGGCACUGCUGGCGGCGGCCGAGACCGAGCCGGCGGGGCCGGUGGCGGCGGCGCCCCGGUCAGGCGGAGCUGGUGGCGGCCGCGGCGGCGGCGGUGGUGGUCGUGGUGUGGCGGUGGAGAGCCGCACAGCGGCUGCGCAGCUGGUGUUCCGCAUGGGUACCCAGCUGGGCGGCGGCGGGCUGCAGGCGCCGCUGCGGGCGCGGCUGGCGGCGGUGGUGGAGGGGCUGGCGGCGGCGGCGGCGCCGCCCAACCCCGACUGCCUGCUUACCGGCGCGCACCUGCUGCGGCUGCCGCUGCCGCCAGCGGUGGUGCGGCGGCUGCACGACGCGGCGCUGGGCUGCAGCGGCGGCGAGGCGGUGCGGGCGGGCCGUGUGGCCAUGGCGCGGGCGCUGCACAGCGCGGUGCAGCUGGGGCUGCAGCCGGCCAGCGGCGAGGCGGCGCGGUGGGAGGCGAGGCUGCUUGGGGAGCUGGGCCCGGCGCCGGGGCGCGGCGCGGCGUGGCGGAGCGAGGAGCUGUCCUGGACGCUGCUGGCGCUGUCGGGGGUGCGCGUGUACGCGCCGGAGGGCGAGUCGAGGGAGCGGAUUGCGGGGGCUGUGUGCGGUGUGCUGCGCAAGGCGCGGGCCAAUGACGCGACGCGGCUGCGGGCUGCAGUGGGGGCGUGGGGCCUGCGGCUGCCGGCGCGGGAGCGGGCGCUGCUGGCGCAGAAGGCCGGCGAGGAUGUGUGGAUGGGUGAUGAUGCGUUGGAGCAGCAGGACCGGGAGGAGGAGGAGGCACGGGGCCGUGGGCAGGCGGAGUGGCAAGGGCGUGGACAGGGAGAAUGGCAGGGCCGCGGGCAGGGGCGGGGAGAGUGGCAGGGGCGGGGCAGGGGACAGGAGCGGGGGCAGGGGCGAGAGAGGUUGGGCGCACGUCGUGACGAGCGGCCCUCUGGGGGCCGCUGGGGCUCGUGGUGAGGCUGCACAUGACCCGACUGCAUGCCGGAGUACGGUAUGUAUGAAAGGCAGCGAUGCAGCCGCCUACGACGGCCGGAGGAAUAGCUAUUCACCUUGGCUGGUGGACCGUGGAUGACGGACACUGCCAAUCUGUUUGUAAUUAGUAUUGGCGAUUCGAUUGGUUACCCUCCCGUAGCGGCGGUCCAGCCGCAUGUCAGCAGGAGGAGCCGCGCACACAAUGUAGUGACCGCAUGCGUGAUGAUGAGAAGUGUAUGCGGCUGACGGCCCGACUCCAUUGCGCAGUCUCCCAAGCGAGCUGAAUGAAGACACAGCUCAUGCAGUUAGGGGAGAAGGCUGUGAGGACGAAGAGGAAACGCUAAGCUU